AAGCUGGAUGGUUGGUUGGAGGAUUCUAUGUACGUAGGGCAUGUAAACAAGACUCUCUCGACUGUGUUUCUGUCCAAACCCACAAAAACAUGAGGAAUUUCUUUGCCUUCUCCGCCCUCUCUAUUCUUACACUUGUUAUCAUCUUCCUUCCUCCUAUCACUGCUCCUCCUCUAUCCACCAACUCCCGAUGGAUCGUCGAUGACGACGACGGGCAGCGAGUGAAGCUGGCUUGCGUGAACUGGGUGUCACACCUUGAAGUCAUGGUGGCAGAGGGACUUAGUAAGCAGCCUGUGGAUGUGAUAUCCAAGUUAAUUGUGUCACUGGGAUUCAAUUGUGUUAGGCUCACUUGGCCACUUUUUUUGGUCACCGAUGAGUCCUUGGGUUCAAUGACUGUGAGGGAAUCUUUUCAAAAACUUGGCCUGAUUGAAUCAAUUGCUGCUCUCAAAAUUUACAACCCAUCUUUCAUUGAUCUUUCACUCAUUCAGGCCUACCAGAAAGUGGUGUCAAGUCUAGAUGAGAACAACGUGAUGGUGAUACUGGACAAUCACAUAAGCAAGCCUGGGUGGUGUUGCGGCAACAGUGGUGGUGAUGGCAAUGGUUUCUUCGGUGACCAAUUCUUCGAUCCAGAUCUCUGGAUCAAGGGCUUGACUCGGAUGGCCAAAAUGUUCAAAGGUGUGUCUAAUGUGGUUGGCAUGAGCUUAAGGAAUGAACUCAGAGGCUCCAGACAGAAUGUCAAAGGCUGGUACAGGUACAUGCAGAGAGGAGCUGAAGCAGUACACUCAGCAAACCCAGAUGUGCUUGUUAUUCUAUCCGGUCUCAGUUAUGACAAGGACUUGUCGUUCAUCCGAAAGCGACCAGUGAGCCUUACCUUCUCUGGGAAGUUAGUGUUUGAGGUCCAUUGGUAUGGAUUUACAGAUGGAAAGGCAUGGCAAAACGGGAAUCCAAACCAAGUUUGCGGGAGGGUGAUGAAGAAUAUGAUGUGGUUAUCAGAAUUUCUGUUGAAGCAGGGAUGGCCAUUGUUUGUGAGUGAAUUUGGAAUGGAUCAAAGAGGGAUCAAUGUCAAUGACAACAGGUACAUGAAUUGCUUCCUUGGUGUGGCUGCUGAACUUGACUUAGACUGGGCUUUGUGGACACUGGUUGGAAGUUACUAUUUGAGGCAAGGUGUGUUUGGACUGGAUGAAGCUUAUGGGAUGUUAAGUUGGAAUUGGUGUGAAACUCGCAAUUCAAACUUCCUACAGAGAAUAUCUGCUCUGCAGACUCCAUUUCAAGGACCUGUUGAAUCUAAGUCUGAACUACACAAAGUGAUUUUUCAUCCACUCACAGGUCUAUGUGUCCAGAGGAACUCAUUUCUUGAACAACUGAAGUUGGGUCCUUGUAGUGAAUCUGAAGCCUGGACUUACUCUACCCAGAAGACCUUAUUAGUAAAAGGAACACAAUCUUGCCUACAAGCAGACGAUUUGGACAAGCCAGCAAAAAUGGGGUCAAUUUGCAGCAGAUGGAAGAUUAUCUCAAAAUCCCGAAUGCACCUCUCAUCAAAGGUCAGCCAUGGAGCCACUGUCUGCCUGGAUAUGGACUCUAGUAACAAUAUUCUUACCAGGCCUUGCAAAUGCCUUAGUAAAGACAUCACAUGUGAUCCUAGUAGCCAGUGGUUUAAACUUGUUGACAGAACAAGAGGUUCAGGACAAACCAAAGCAAUCAUGAGUUCCGAAAAGAUUUCUUGUUGGAGUUGAGACUUGACCUUGGAUGGGUUUUUUUGCUUAUACUUUUUUCUAAAAAAUAACCUCAGAAAUCUCCAGCCCAAUGUUCGACCUCUAAGCCAGAUCUAAAUCCCAGGCCACACCUCCACUAUGCGAUAGAUCUGAUUGGGCUGAAGUCUUGUGAAUAAAUAUCGCUGAGAAAUAUGUUUCUCAUUGAAAUCAAACUUUGGACACACAUAUCUCUCAUCCAGUCGAUUAUCAAUCGAGUCAUACCUGUGUGUUUGACUUGGUCUAUGUUUGUUGUAUUGUGUUUAUUUUCACUUAUGUUGACUGCCAUGUCACUUGAUUUAUUGUUUUUUUAUGAUGUGGUUGGUGGUUGCUGUAGCAGGUAAGCAAGUUCUAGAACUAUGUCUAGGUCUUAUUCUGUGAGAGUGUUUUUGUCUUUGUGUCUGAAAAUGAAAUUGUGUUUUAAUUGCAGUGGUAAUUGGAAUACCAUAAAUGAUUUGGUAUUGUGAUUCCUUAAUUUUCGUAA